UUGUCGGUGCAUGGUUAAGCAAACUAAACCAAAUUCGAUAGAAAUAAAGAAUGGGAACUUGUUCUCGGUAUGGAAUUACGAUGGACGCAUUGCAUAUGAAGACAUCCUUAAAGCAACCGAGGACUUUGACAUUAGAUAUUGUAUCGGAACCGGUGGUUAUAAAGUGGUUGCCUUGAAGAAACUUCAUCAAUUAGAAGUUGAGAACAGAACUUUUGAGAAGUGUUUUCAGAACGAGGUAAAGGUGUUGACAAAGAUCCGACAUCGAAACAUUAUAAAGCUUCAUGGUUUUUGUUUACAUAAGCAAUGCAUGUUUUUGGUCUGUAAGUAUAUGGAAAGGGGAAGCCUAUUUUUUGUAUUAAGGGAUGAUACUGAAGCUUUGGAAUUAGAUUGGAAGAAGAGGGUGAACAUUAUCAAAUGCACAACACAUGCCUUAUCUUACAUGCAUUAUGACUGCGUACCAGCAAUUGUUCAUCGAGAUAUAUCAAGCAACAAUAUCCUAUUGAACUCUAAAUUGGAGGCAUUUGUAUCUGACUUUGGUAUUGCUAAACUUCUUCAUCCUAAUUCUUCCAAUCAAACGUUAGUUGUUGGAACUUACGGUUAUAUCGCCCCAGAACUGACUUAUACCAUGGUGGUUACUGAAAAAUGCGAUGUAUAUAACUUUAGAGUUGUGGCCUUGGAAAUAUUAAUGGGAAGACAUCCAGGAGAACUCUUGACUUUAUUAUCAUCAUUAUCAUCUCAAAAUGUGAUGUUACAUGAAAAUUAG